GCAGGGAGCGCGGCCAGCCGGCUGCAGUUGCUGCCUCUGCGCGCACUCCUGUGCCCCAAGCGCAGGGUCUAGUCCUGGGAACCAAGGAAUCAGAAUCCCCGGGAGGUUCUGGCUUAGUCCAGUGGGCUCUGAGCAGAGCCCUGUGAAUAGGCUUCAGACCCGCUGCCUCCCCCAAAACUUGAAUAUGUGUUCCAGCACCAGCCCCGCCAGUCAUUGAUGUUGUCACUGUGUUUUGUUUGGUGGCAGGAAGUUUAGUGCCCCCAACACAAAUAAUAAUGCCCUUGUUAUUUUACGUAUGUUUUUAUCCUUAUCUGGAAGAUGGUCAGAGAAACAUACUUACUGUUGAAAAAAAAAGACCAAAUGGCAAAGCAACCUUCUGAUGUAAGUUCUGAGUGUGACAGAGAAGGUGGACAAUUACAGCCCACGGAGCGGCCUCCUCAGCUCCGGCCUGGGGCCCCCAGCUCUGUACAGAUAGAGCCACAAGGUAAUCCUGAAGGCGAAGGGGACCGCUGCCCCCACGGCAGCCCUCAGGGCCCGCUGGCCCCACCGGCCAGCCCGGGGCCUUUUGCUACCAGAUCCCCGCUUUUCAUCUUUGUGAGAAGAUCCUCCCUGCUGUCUCGAUCCUCCAGUGGGUAUUUCUCUUUUGACACAGACAGGAGCCCAGCACCCAUGAGUUGUGACAAAUCAACACAAACCCCGAGUCCUCCUUGCCAGGCCUUCAACCAUUAUCUCAAUGCAAUGGCCUCCAUGCGGCAGUCUCAGGCCCUACCUGCAGACAUGCGUCCGGAGAUGUGGAUCGCACAGGAGCUGCGGCGGAUCGGGGACGAGUUCAACGCCCAGUACCCACGGAGGGUCUUGAUGAAUGAUUACCAAGAAGCAGAAGGCCACCCCCAGAUGGUGGUCUUACGACUGUUGCGUUACAUCCUCCGUCUGGUGUGGAGGAUGCAGUGACGACGGGUUCCCGUGGAGCCAAGAUGUGUGCAGACAUUUCACUUGUUCAAGCGGACAAGCCCAGCGUCACGGCCUCCUGGCGCCAUUGCUUCGCGGCCAGCGGUGGUCCCAGAGGGGCCGGUGUGGCCUGACACCUGGAGCUGCGUGCGGACUUGACCUUAUGGGUUCCUCGCCAUGUGGCAGAGGCUCUAGUGUAGUUUGUUAUGAAUGUAAAUGAGAGAGUAUUUUCUUUUUUAAAAUGUUACUAAUCAUGGUUCUUUGGAGCAGGAUUUUAUGCAAGAAUGGUGUAAGAACAGGUUUUUUAAAAGAGGAAAUGGGAAUUUUUAACCAACUCAUAAAUGAAUUUUUACUAAAAAUUUUAAGAACCUAUUAUGGAAACUCUCAUGUGGAAACUGAGCCAGCUGAUUUCUAAAGCUGCCUUAGUUUAUUUUUACAGGCUACUGUACAGGACUUUUAAACAUGAGAGGUGUGUAUGAUAUGGCCCCUCCCUCCCUGCCCUUGCCUCUCUCGCCUUCUUUAAAUCAUUAUUACCAAAAAGUUCUUAUGAGAUGGAACUGAUUAAAGGGGUAAAGGGCCUUUUGUCAGCCUGUGUUGGUAUGCCACUCCCACUUUGUAAAUAUUUACUUACCUCCUUAAAUGUAGUUGCAUCUGUGGCUUCUCUGUGUGUGCUCGUCUGCUGCGAUGCUCCUCUGUGUGUCCUGGGUGCUGACGCACACGUUUGGUCCAGUGCAUCUUUACGAUCAAGUGUAACUGGGCCAGAACGGGACUUGGAAUCUGCCUGUGUCGUCCCCAGCUCAGCCAGUCUUUGGGGAGCUUACUAACCGGAAGUGCUUGGUACUGGUUUCCACAGGGUUUGGUGGGCUGGCGUCGAAGUACAGUGUCCUGAAGAGGGAGUGUGGUGACAGCAGACACAGUGUCGGGGCCUUGGCACUGUUGGCUUUUCCGGUUGCAGGCUUUCCCACAGCACAGGAGGCACCCUCAGCAGGAGGCCCCAGGUGGCUGGCAAGCCCACCUGCGGCCGAAUUUGGCUGCAGGAGUUCCAACUGGAGUCCUCGUGGGAAUUGGCACAGGCGGUGGGCAGGGCUUUGGAUGGCUGCUUCCUGGGCAUCCUGGCUUUUCAUCCAAUUCCAAGUCGACCUGGCCUUGGAUGCCCACCACUGGUUCCCACUCUCCUGUACCCACUUUGAAAUGCAGGCUUCCUUCCACUCUGAGCAGUGCCAUUAAAACGCGAGGCACACGAGGUCCCUUCCGACCGCUGUCCACUUGUUCUUUUCUCUCGGACAGCGGCUUUGCCGGGCCUCCUCUGUGCGUCCCCUGCUUCCUCCACCCCCGCCUGUGAGGACCGCAGGUGAUCAGUCAUUUCAAAGGCAGUUAAACAACGGGGAGACCCGAGAGAGACCAGUGAGAGGGCAGGGAAGGAAGGUGCAGAUCAUUCUGUGAACCCACAACUCCUACAGUUUUUCAAACCUCAGAUCAUGAAACAGUUUUUUUAAGAGAAAUACAUGAUUUUUCAAAUGAGUCAGCAGUGCCAAAAGCUAUUGCAUUUCCUUUUGGCCCAUCAAGGACCAGUGUUUUCACAUAAUUAAAUUGCAAGGAUAAAUUCAUUCAUUCAUGUGUCUCUUCAUAGUUUUGUGUAAAUAUAUAUGUAUACAUAUAUGUAUAUACGAGUGUGUAUAUAUAUUUUGCAUAUACGCUUUCUUUAUGUAGAAAUAUUUGAUCUCAGAUGUUCUUCCUUUUUUAAAAUUUCUUUUUCCCCAAAUCCUUUCUUGGGGUCUUGAAUAUUUUUAAAACUGUUGAGACUGAGCUUGUGUUUUUGGUAGGUCUGGAACCCCCUUGCUGGGGCGCGAAGGCCACACCGCUGGAGGUGCUGGUAACAUUGCGGCUGUGGGCCUGCUGGACACACACACCAAAGAUGUAUUUGGUUCUGGGCCCGUCCGCUCCCAGGAUCUCCGUACUCAUGUGCCAGUCCCUCUGACUGGAGCACUUUACCCUGUUUCUGGGAGCGCAGGAUGCAGCCCGGGCCGAGGGCCCGCUGCGCGCGCUCCUUUACCUCUGGCUUGGCAGCUGGCCGUGGCCACGCGUGUGAGGAAGUAAUUCUAGGACGUGUAGAAGUAUUAAGAACAGGAUGUUGCACCAGGACAUGAGAGAUGGCUGGGUGUCUCUGUACUGUACGUAUCUGUGUAUCAAGAUGCUUCCUGCAGAAAGUAUACCUACGAUGGUAUGCCUUUUACUUUUAUAUUUUAUUAUUUUGUAGAAAAAGAUAACUAGCUCCCAUUCUGAAAAUUUAUGAGAUGCGGGUUUUGUGCCUUGACCACAUCUUCUCAUGCAAGAUUUGUAGAAAGUGUCCUGUGAUUAUCACAGAAAUGCAAUAAAUGCCCCCCAGGAACUCCACAGUGAUUCUUUCAGUUACCCGUUGUCCAGCCUAGAAAUGAGUUUAUGAAGAAUUUGUUUUUAGUUGUGGGGAAACCAGGUAAAAAUUCCUUCUUAUUAAAAAAAAAAAAAUGUACUCAGUCGAACCGUCUCCUGUUUCCCCUUCUUAAUAUUGUACAUAUUUUGACUAUUUAUUAGAUUAGAUCAUAUUUUACUUACCAACUGAGCCAGAUGUCUGUGUGCAAUUGUCUCCUUCACCUUUCUUGUAAAAUUUUGUACAGCAUAAAUGAGCAAAAAAAAAAAAAAAAAAUCACUGUUUUUUACUAAACUUUUUCAGAAUUAAGGAUUGUAAAUAUUGUAGAUUCUUUUUCUGUGUAAUGUGUCCUACUGGUUCAUAAUGCUGUAACUUGUAGACAUAAUGUAUAUUUAUUUCCUGCUUAUUUAAUGUCUUAACUUCUGUAAAGUGUUGACCUCUGACACGCCCCCCCCUCCCCAUCCCAUUAUUUGCUUUAACUCUGAGGUGGCGACUGGUCAGCUCACUGCCGGACACAUGGUCUUCCUACGGUGGCCCUGCAGCUUUGGUUCCUGGUAUAUCUGGUCAAGUGGGUUUACAUUCUUGGUCUUUGCUGUCCUUUGAUAAAGCUCAUGUUUAGACACCAAUGAGAGACCAUAAAUCGGGCAGGCUUCAAAAUUCUCCGGGAAAUACCCAGUGACUUUCUAUUGGUUCCAAAACAGCUAGCUUCUCGUGGAAGCAAAUUCUAUUAGCUCCAGGAUUUGUCUUGGGGAAAAAAAAAAAAAAAGUGUUAUUGGUAGUUGGGACAGAUUGAAAAUUUAUACCUGACAACUCAGUAUUCAGAGGGCAGGGGACAGGCGGGAGGGGUUCCUGCUUCCAGAGCGACUGGAGGACCUGCUCAUGCCACUCACCCCCUGUUGGCAACUGGUGAGCUGCACCGCCUCCACCCGCUGCGCGGCUUCCAGUGCUUCGAGGUGUGGGCUGAAUUGUCCUCAGGAGCUAAUUGUACAGGCCCCUGGCCCAGAACUUUGGUCCCUCAUUGGGUCAGCCUGCUUCUUCAGGUUGAUGUCCUGCUUCGGGAGAGGUUGGAGGCCCCACUGGGAUGGGUGUUAAGAUGUGGGAGCUUUAGAGAGACUUCUUCCUGGUUUGGUGUAGAUGGUCUGUCACCCCUGCUGAUUUAGCCUGGUGCCUGCGUGUGUUCACUGUGCACCUGCGUGUGUGCGGGAUGUGUUCACACAUGAGGCUAAACCAGCUGGGGUAGCUUCUACUCCAAACAGUGCGGCAUGCAAGAGCAUCUUCAAGCUCCCAGCGAAGUAACUUGACUACUUGUCUUGGGCAGUUCCAGACUUGAGAAGCUCUCCGAGUCCUAUGUCCAGGUCCCGUGACCACUCGUCACUGUCGGAACUCAUCAGGUACUCCUGUACAAGAGCACUGAUCUGUGUGGAUACUGAUUCAUCACUAAUGUGUUCCUAGGACCCAGCGUAUGUAGCGUUCGUAUUGCAAUUUCCCUGGCUCACUUUGGUUUGCACUGAUGAAUUUUGACAGGGUAAUUGCCACUUUAUUGUGCAAUACUGCUGUAAAUAGUUGCAGAUUUUUUUUAAGACUCAAUCUUUUUAUGUUCUUACUGAAUUUUAUAUAAAUAAAACUUUUCAACUGGU